CUAUUUUCUAUACACUCUUGAAAAGCAUUUUGGUUUCUAUUUGUGUAGUCAUAGAGAUUUUGUUACCAAUUUGUAAUCGAUUCUUCAAAUAAAGUUUGUACUAAACAUACAAACAAAAAAUGUCAGAAAACAAAGAGCAAGAAGUAAUUGAUAUAAAAGAUGACACAUUGGAGGAAACAAACGCUGAAAACGAUUUCAAUUUGGAUAAUAACAAUGAGAAUGAAUGCCAAACAACUAAAUCAAAUGGGAGUGAGAAGGGGUUCACAGUGUUUGGGUAUAAGAUGUCUCAAAUAAAAUGGGGAAAUGUGGUAUUUCUAACGGUUAUGCAUAUUCUGGCCGCUUAUGGAUACUAUCACUGCAUUGUAGUCGACAUUAAGGCACUGACCGUCACUUUUAUUUAUAUAAUAUCGUGCGCUUCAGGAUUAGGCAUUUUGGUCGGUUCCCAUCGGCUGUGGGCUCACCGCUCGUUCAAAGCUCGAUGGCCUUUGAAAGUGAUAUUAAUGAUAUUGCAGACAAUGACAGUCAAUGGGAGUAUCUUUUCGUACGUACGCGACCACCGGACACACCAUAAAUGGUCAGACAGUGUGGCCGACCCUAAGAACUCGACCCGUGGUUUCUUCUUCGCACACAUGGGCUGGUGGCUCGUGAAGAAGGACCCGAAAGUGAUACAAUUUGGCAAAAAGUUGUCUUACGAUGACCUCUGGAACGACCCAAUAGUCCGAUUCCAACACCGAUUCUAUACACCGCUCGCUAUUAUCUUCUGUUUCAUUCUUCCGACUCUCACUCCUCUGCUAUGGAGUGAAGACCUGUUAACAGCAUUUGUCUCGUGUGUUGGCAUCAGAGCUGUGGUAGUCCUGCACCACAUGUGGACCGUCAACAGUAUCGCACAUAUAUUCGGGUACAGGAUAUAUGACAAAGAUUUGAGACCCACCGAGAAUAAGCUGGUCGUGUAUAUGUCGAUGGGAGAGGGCUCUCAUAAUUAUCACCAUGCCUUUCCUUACGAUUAUACAACCAGUUACUACAAAUGGUACGAGAGUUACAAUUUGGCCACAGUUUUCAUAGUCAUCUCAUCACUACUCGGUUUGGCGUAUGAUAUGAAGAAACCCACGAAUGAAACGAUUAAACAAUAUGUCGAGAAAAAAGGAGACAUAAUUGAAGUGAAUUUGAUUCAUAAGAAACACAUAUUAAUCCGUUUGAUUAUCGGACUUUGGGACUGGAUUAUGGGUAGCAUAGUGACCUCGUGGCCCAUUUGGACCAUUAUGUUAAUUAAGAUAGCACUCGGAAAACAGUUUUUUUUCUUUGAGUGGAAUGACAUUAUUUUUGCCAAAUAUUUCUGUUCAUAAAUUUAGAAAUCAAUUCAAUUGAUUGUCAGACUUUGGCAAAGAAUGUCAUAUACAUUUUAGUAUAAGAAUAAAACAUGGUAGGCCCUUAAGUAAAUCUUGUAAUUUUGCUCAAUACUGUCGACAAC